GGAGGAGCACCGCUGAUGAAGAUCCGGAGCGUUUGUACCGGAAACGACACCAGCAGAGCUCCGUGUGUCAGCUGUGAGUAUCCUCUGCUGCUCCUCCGGUCCGACCGGGACCGCGCCUGGAGAGUCCUGGAAAGUUUUUGAAUGGCACACAAAGAGGAAGAGUGAGAGAAGUACUCUGUUACAGUACUCUGUUACAGUACUCUGUUACAGUACUCUGUUACAGUAAAAGUACAGGAGUGUGUUGUUAUGAGAAGUCAUAAGUGUCACUGCAGGUGUGACCAGUGGGAGUCUGCACAUGCUCAGUUCGACCCUCUCCUGGGUAGACAGUAGGAGCUUGGACCCUUUGUUUUGGAGGUGAUGGAUGCAGAGAGCGGGGAGCUGUUUCUCGGCGUCAUGGCGUCCGGGAGCUGGCAGCUCGACGGUCCGUUCUCCUCCUCAGAGCUCAUCCCGGCCGGCUCAGAGAAACCCCUGCAGGACUGGGCGGUGGACCCCGAGUGUAUUCUCAAUGACAGCGACUCCGAGGACGUCCUCCACGCCGUCGAUCCAAACGAGGUGUUUCCCAGCGGGCCACCGGCUGACCCGUCAUCAGAGAGCGACAGCGGGAUCUCCGAGGACCCCGCCGUCGAGAGUCCCGUCACCACGGUGACUGCAGCGGGCACCCAGCUGGCGCCAACGACAGUUUACCAGCUGGUUUAUGACAUCAGCGGGCUGGGCGGUGCUAAGACUGGAGCUGGACAGGAGAACAUCAUCUCCAUCGAGCUCGAUCAGUGGAGCUCUCAGCUGCUGCUGUCGGACUCGUGCGUCGUGAGCGAGCUACCUGUGGUUUCGGCGCCGCGGCUCGCCAUCCCUCCUCCCAGCCUCGACGACGACCUGCUGUGCCUGGAUCUUCAGCUGACCGAGGAGGAGCAGAAGCUGCUGACCCAGGAGGGCGUGUCGCUGCCCAGCAACCUCCCCCUCACCAAGGCCGAGGAGAGAAUCCUGAAGAAGGUCCGGAGGAAGAUCCGCAACAAGCAGUCGGCUCAGGAAAGCCGGCGGCGGAGGAAGGAGUACAUCGACGGGCUGGAGAGCAGGGCGGCGGCGUGCUCGAUGCAGAACAAAGAGCUGCAGCGGACGGUGGAGCAGCUGGAGAAACGUAACACGUCUCUGCUGGCUCAGCUGCAGCAGCUUCAGUCUCUCAUCAAGCAGACGGUCAGUAAAGGAGCCCAGACCAGCACCUGCCUACUGAUCAUCCUCGUCUCUCUCGGUCUGAUCAUCCUGCCGAGCUUCAGCCCGUUCAGCCGCCACCGUGCAGACGACGACUACAGACCCACAGGAGUGAUUUCCAGAAACAUCCUGACGGAUCCGUCGUCCUCCCAGCCGACCUCAGACGACGCCUACGGUGCGACGUCCCUGCAGUCUGAGCCCCCCGCUCUCAGCCAAUCAAAACCUCCUGAGGGAACGUCGAAUCUCCCAGAACCAAGAGAAAACCACGAACACGCAGCCGCCGACGGUACGGAGGGGAGCCGGUCGGGAAACGGCUCGGUGGUUGCUGCCGAGCAGACGGAACCCGGCGCCCUCGGCCAGAAGUCGACGGUCCGAGGAGGACGGCGCGAUCAGGCCACACCGGGACACGCCGAUGAGAUGUAGAAACCGGACUUCCUGUUUUGAAGGAUGUAAAAACCCGACCUGCCCGAUCGAUCAGCUGAUCGGUGCUGAUUUAUGGUGGUGGAUUUCAAAUGAUCAAAAACACCAGACGGUGUUAUUCACGCCGAAACAAACCCGUUAGCAUCUACGGACAUCCAGCACGAAGGCGAAGGUUCAAACUCGCCGUGGCUUUUCACCGUCGCCUGUUAGCAUGCUAAGUCACGAGUACGCCAAACGUCUUUGUUUGUUUAAUAAAAGGUUUUCUUCACAAAUACGUGAGCAAACGUUACGUGUUUGAGUUGCAGCGUUGCUCACACGCCACGUAAACGCCGCGUGUGGAUGUUAGCAGCAUGGUGCGGUGCGGCGACCGCUUUUCUUUUUCUUUCUGGGAUGAAAAAUGAAUCAGUUGUGACGUCUGGAGUGAUUAUUGCCAAGUUUGAUUUUUUCUUGUAGCGUGUCCUGGUCAUAAAGGAGCUAAAUCAUCUACAAACCGCUGCGAGGAGCUCGUGCACCUGUGUGACACGUGGUGACCUCAUCAGUUCAGACUUUAUGUGCAGAGCGCCCCCUGCAGUGAAACGUGUGUAAAUGUCUUUCUGGGUGAAUUAAACUGUUUUUGCUGAUCUCA